AUGGGUUGGCUUAGUCGCUUCAUCACCGCCGUGGCUUUCUUAGCCAUCGGAGUGAUAUUCUCACCGGAGACACUGGGUUCAAAAUCAACCACUCUUUCCACCUACCUCAAACUCGCUCACCUUCUUAGCUUCUCCACCGCGUUCGGCGCUGCUCUAUGGGUCACCUUCAUCGGCGGCAUCAUCAUGUUUAAAAAUCUGCCGCGGCAUCAGUUUGGGAACCUGCAAAGCAAGAUGUUUCCGGCGUAUUUCUCAAUGGUGGGUGUGUGUUGUGCCGUAUCGGUGGCUUCCUUUGGCUACCUUCACCCGUGGAAAACUUCCUCCACUACUGAGAGAUACCAGCUUGGGUUUUUGCUCUCUUCUUUUGCGUUCAAUCUUACCAACUUGUUUGUCUUCACACCUAUGACCAUCGAGAUGAUGAAGCAAAGGCAUAAAGUGGAGAGAGAAAACAAUAUAGGGGAGGAAGUUGGGUGGUCAAAAAAUGUGGAAGUUGCAAAGUCAAACCCAAAGCUUAAAGCCAUGAAUAAGAAGUUUGGUAUGAUUCAUGGAUUAUCCUCCCUUGCCAAUAUAAUGUCUUUUGGGAGUCUAGCGAUACACUCUUGGUACUUGGCUGGUAAAAUUGAUCUUUGA